CGCUUGCCUCUCGCACGCAUUGAAGAGGUGUUUAACACGGGGCAGAUCAAAAAACAGGAGGACGAAGGAGCUCAAAUCCAAUCCACGCAGAGUUGACGCAGUGAGAUCUUAGCUAUCAGGGUGGCUGCUGAGGUUGAAGAAAGGCGCCUUGCCAAAGAGAGACGAGCUGAAUAUCUACACGCAGAGACAUCUGCAGGAAACGCAUCGGUUGCACACCAGGGCUCCUGUGAGAAGAUAUUAAAGAGUGUGCAGUUGAAUAUGGGCCCGACUGAAGAGAUAACAGUUGAGCUGAUGCAGCUGAUACUGAGGGAGGCAGAGAAAGAUAGUACCAUCCAGGUGCUGCCUGAUUUAGGAGUGGCUGAGCUGAACGAAGACCUUCACGGAGGAAGCUGCCUCAGUAGGGUUACGGUAAAGUACACACGGCAGGGAAAAGCAACGCAGCAUACACUAUCACUCUUGGUUAAAGUUGUUCCUAAGCUUGAAGCCACUAAAAACAUGGCACAGCAGACCACUUUUUUCACCAGGGAGAUACAAAUGUUCAACGAGAUUCUUCCCCGAAUGUCAGCCCUGUUAUCCGGAGCGAUGCGUGAUCGACACGUUGACUUCAGCGCACGGGUGUAUUACACCCGCGACGCACCCAGCUACCUGAUUGCAAUAGAAGACCUGGCACCGAAAGGAUUUAAGGCACCGAAACGAGCGCUCGGUUUGGACCUUGAGCACAGCCUUCUUGCACUACGGACACUCGCUAGGUUCCACGCGGCCUCCGUCAUGAUUCACCGUGACGACGGGAGUUUGUUCGCCGUUUUCGACAAGUACUGUUUCCAAGAGAAAGGUCUGAACGAUAUUCUGAAGAAAAUGUCCGAGGGUUUGACAACGCUUGUUCUCAAAAAGGUGGAGUCUUGGCCGGACUUCGGGCCCGGCUGGGCCGACCGGCUGCGGCGCCGCUACCUGACCAUGUUCGACGACCUGCAGCCCCUGUGGCGGAGGGACGAAGCAGGCUUCAACGUGCUCAACCACGGCGACUUCGGCCUGCACAACGUGAUGUACCGCCACUGCGAGUCCGGCGGCGAGGCGGACGCGAUCAUGCUGGUGGACUUCCAGUGCUGCAGCUACAACUCCCCGGUGCUGGACCUGCUCCAGUUCGUCUUCGGCAGCGUCAGCGACGACGUGAGGACCGACCACGUGGGCACCCUGCUGCGAGGGUACCACAGCGAGCUCACAGCUGCUCUGAGGUCGCUCGGAGCACCCCGGGAGCAGCACAUCUCUUUCGCAGGGCUUCUGGAGGAAUUCGACAGCAAAAUGUUGUAUGGCCUUUUCUACUCAACCUUAAUUCUUCCAUUUUUGGGAUUUGACUUAAGCUCUCAAUCAGAUGUGACCAUGGAGAAUAUCACUGGUGAAUUCAAAAAUCUCCCCUUAAUGCUAACAGAUUCGUUUUAUUCGCAUUUCAGAAAAUUGCUCCCACUAUUCAGUCAGAAAAAGCUUCUGUAGAACUUAGUCAACUUAUUCCUUUUAAGAAUAAUGAUUUCACUUCAUAAUACGCAGAACAUAUUCUGUAACCAAUCUGUUGGUUUUGUUUCUGUUUUAUUAAGAAUAGUUAUAUAUUUUUUUAUUUCAAAUAUAAAUGUACCUACAAUAGUUGCAAUCGAUUAAUUUUUUAAGUGAAAUAUUUGUUUUGCAUCUAAAGCUCGUUUCCUCAUUUUUGGAUGGUACAAUAUUUUAAUUAUUUUAAUAAAUUAUGAAGCUAUGUAAAUAUUAUUUAUACAAUGUUAUUUUUAAUUUUUUAUGUGUUAGUACUGUGUUAAUGGCGGUGUCUUUACGACAUGUAGUCAUAUAAGGCUCUAAUAUUAAUUGUACAUUUAUUUGAAUAGUUCUACACCCCCGUGGCUCUACAUUACGAAGCUUACUUGUCGGGUAAAAUUUAAACUAGUAUUAUUAUAAAAUUAUAUGCUAUUAAAUUCUAGAUUAUGGUCGGUAAUAUUAUAUUUUUUAUGCUCUUUAAGGUAAACAAUCAAUCUUUGAUUGAUAGUUUUUUACUUACUAUAGUUAUUUUUAAUCUUGGGUUGAUAUACUGUAUUCACUAUUAUUAUAUGAUCAUUUAAAUAUUUUGCCUGAUUAUUUAUCACUUGAAAUUAAAUUGUAAUUUGUGAUUUUUAAAUGUAAAAUUUUCUUUGGUGCAAA